CAAGGUCAAAUAAGUAAAUAUCAACACACGUGUGGAUCACAAGUGAAGAUUUACUCGGGAUUCUCAGGAUUUAUCGAGUUAUUUGAAUGGAAUUCCUGCACCUGCUGGUUCUUCCCUAAAUAAUGCAAAUAUGUUCGGUACCAGUUACAUAAACACAACACGAACUUCCCCGCUAAAAAAUAGCGGUACUUUCAACUGACCAGGAAAGGGACAAAGGUCGGAGUAAUUUUACGUAUGAAUUUUCCCAGACACACCUGAUAUUUGUGAAUCAGAGAAGAAGGAAUAACAUCAGGAUAGAUUGAAAAAAUAAGAAGGACAAGAUGGUCAGUAUUCCCGAAGACGUAUUAUGGAUGGUCAUCGCUGGCUUUAUUAUAGCCUUUAUCCUUAGUUUUGCUAUUGGUGCUAACGAUGUAGCAAACUCAUUUGGUACUUCUGUCGGAGCCAAAGUUCUUACCUUAAGACAAGCCUGUAUUCUUGGUACAAUAUUUGAGAUAUUGGGUGCUAUUUUAAUAGGUUAUCGGGUGUCUGAUACAAUAAGAAAGGGCAUUAUAGAUGUGACAUUGUAUAAAAAUGGAAGUGAAGAUGUUCUUAUGGCAGGAAACGUGGCUGCACUGACAGGCUCCUGUGUGUGGCUGGUUUUGGCAACAGUCCUAUCACUUCCUGUUUCUACGACACACAGCAUUGUGGGUGCCACUGUUGGAUUUUCUCUAGUUGUACAUGGCACCAAGGGAGUCAACUGGAUCAAGAUGGCAUCUAUAUUUGGAUCAUGGUUUAUUUCCCCUCUAUUAUCUGGAAUUGUGUCAGUGCUAACAUUUCUUUUGGUUCAUCACUUGGUCUUGAAAAAGCCCAAGCCAUUAGAACCAGGCCUAAAACUACUGCCGAUAUUCUAUGCCUUUACAGCUGCCAUUAAUUUAUUUUCCGUGUUUUAUAAAGGUUCUAAUUUGUUGCAUUUUGACAAAAUACCUUUAUAUGGAGUCCUCAUUUUAACAUUCGGAUCAGCAUUAUUAGUAGCUCUGCUAGUCAAAUUUGUUAUUACGCCUUGGUACAGAAAAAGAAUUAUAGCUGAAGUUGCUAAAGCUAAAGACAAAGAAUCAUUAAGUUCUAUUUCUGUAGACAAUGAAUUUGGGAAAAGUCGUGACGUCCUUGUAGAAAGCUCUGUUCAUAUGGCACAUAGUAGUGUUAAAGAAUAUGAUGUGGAUCAAAGUGGAACCAAAUAUCCACUGAAAGAUGAUAAAGAAACUGAUGUUUUAUAUACUGAAGUUGAGGAGACAGGUACUCCAUUUAAUGCAAGCACUCCAAUGAAGAGUUCUGCAAAUGGUAUUGAAGACAAAACUCCAGAAAAAGACACAUUAACUACCUCAUUUUCAACUCCCUCAGCCAAUGAUAAUUCAGAUUUACCUCUAUUGGAAAAAUAUGAUGAAAGCAAAGUUUUUACCAAAAGUAAUGAUGACAGUAAAAACAGUUCAUCGUCAGCCUCCUCAUCAACAGAAGAUGAAGAGACUAAACGUAUGAUUGCAAGAGAGAAUGUAAAAGAUAAGCCAGAAUGUGUGGCCUUGUUCAGUUUUCUACAGAUUCUCACUGCCACAUUUGGAUCAUUUGCUCACGGUGGUAAUGAUGUCAGUAACUCCAUUGGUCCAUUGGUUGCUGUGUGGCUGAUUGGUACCGAAGGAAGUGCACUACAGAAGGCCCAAACUCCAAUCUGGAUCCUAUUUUAUGGAGGAUUUGGUAUAGCCAUUGGUUUGUGGAUAUAUGGCAGAAGAGUUAUCAAGACAAUGGGAACUGAUCUUGCCAAAAUUACACCAUCAUCUGGAUUCUGUAUUGAGAUUGGUUCAGCCCUAACAGUACUUAUUGCUUCUAACAUUGGCAUUCCUAUCAGUUCAACUCAUUGUAAAGUUGGAUCUGUGGUAGCCGUUGGCAGGGUUCGGUCCAGAGAAAAUGUGGACUGGAAAUUAUUCCGAAACAUAGCAUUGGCAUGGAUUGUAACAGUUCCUGUUUCUGGUGGUAUCAGUGCAUUGACAAUGUUUAUUUUCACUUUAGUCAUGUAAAAUCCGUGAUGACUGAACGAUGGAGAAGCAAAAUGGUGAUUAAAUGUACAUCAAAAACCACAUGUCUUGAUAUCAUCGAUAGAAAACUUGAUUUUAUAUUUUCUAAUCAUUUUCCGUCAAAGAUGUAGGAAUUUUUUGGUGAUUUCUUUCAUCUUAAAUUCUGUUAGCAUAAUAUUUGCUGUGAGUGCAUGGAGUAAGUGUAUAAUUGCUGUGCAUUGUGAAGAUGGAAGAUUACCUUGAUGGAUGAAAAUGUAGGUGCAUGAAAGGGUAGAUAGUGCUGAAAACCUUCCUUUGAUGGAUGAAAAUUUAAGUGCAUACAAGCUUAGAUCUAUAGUGCUGCUAACUUGUUUUUGAUGGUUGAAAAUUUCAUGUAUGCAAAUUAAGAUAGUGCUUUAAAGUUGAAAUUUUAAGUUUUAUGAAUGAGAACACUUAUAUAAUUGUUAUUUUAUAACUUUCUUGAUUAAUUUCAGAUUAAGAACCAAAUUAUACAUAGAAAUGAAUACAUACCUUUUUUUCUAUUGGGCGUUAUGCAUUGUCCUUGCAAUAAUGGUGAUAUGGACAAUUUUUCAUUUCUGUUUGUUUUAAAAAAAAUCAGUUAGAUUAUUUUAAUUAAAAUCUAUACAAUACAAAAUAGUGAAAUAUUCAGGCUCAUCAUGCAAUUUGAUUAGUCACUUUACAGGGAUAUGAAAUUAUAUGCCCUGCAAACAACAAAAUCUAAUUAGAAAGAUAAGUGCAUGUAACUGAAUAACUUGACACUCCAGAUUAAUAGAAUUGUUAUGCUGGCUUCUCAGAAUUUAGGCUCAUAUUCACUGUGAAGGUAACCAAAAAACUUUAAAGAUGUUUGAUUUGAGAAAAAAAUGUAUAUUUUAUUUUUGAAUGUAUUAUAAUAUAUCAUUUAUUAACAAUUCUAAUAUAUGUAAAGUUAUAUUUUGUAUUUAAUAACUACAUGUAACUUAUAUUAAUGAUCUGUAAUUUUGAAGUGUGAUCUCUAUAAAAAUCCAAUUUAUUUUAUAUAAGUCAGCACUGCAGUUUCUUCCCUUGGGACAAUCCUAGAAUAAUGUAUUUGAGGUUGGGACAUCACAUCGUAUUUGUUUUCUCAUGGGUUAUAGGGAUGGGAGCAAAUAUUGUUCUGUUACAAAUAAAAAUAAUAAAAAAAUUAGGGUGGUGGGUUUCCAAAAAAAUGUUGUUGUCCAACCCUUACAUUUUUUCCUUGAUUAAUCCUUAGUAGUAAGAAAGCAAAAAAAAAAUUAUGCUGUACACAUUGUUGAAAGUAUGGUAGAGGUUCCAGUAAAUGUGUGUGAAAAAAAUAUUCUUCCUUUCGAAUAAAGAUGUAUGAUUCUGGUCAAGGUAAAUAAGUUUUUACAGUUCCAAGAUACUUUUACCAAAUUUAGUUGACUUAUAAAUACUGUCAAAUGUCAACAGUUCCAGUAUGAUAGAAGUGCUGAUUAAGUAAAGGGAUGAGUGCUUGUUCUUAAUUUAAUGAAAUAUUUUUGUAUUUUAAGCUUUGUUUUUCGGGUAAUUGUUUUAAAAGUGCUCUUUUACAGCAUUUUAGUUGUUGACGGUAUCUAUUAUUAAGUAACCAUUAUAAUACUAUUAAUAAAUACAGGAUAUGUGCAAACUUGUGAGUGUUGAACUAGUUCUACAUCUUUUUGAAUCACAAUAUUUCACAAUUAUCAGAUAUUUAAAAAACAAAAUCACUGAAUUUAUUUUUCAUGUUUAAAAUGUCAAAAGGAGAAAUUUAAAACUUAUAUUUCAUAAAACGAUAUUUAAAUUUUUAUUAGAGAGCCAAUUUAUUUUUAUAAUUACUCCCAAAAAUAAGGCAAUCACAUGCAAUAAAUAUGAAAAAGCUACCAUUUUUUUCAUGUAAAACAAUUAAAAUAUGGUAACUUAGAAAAAAAUGAAAAAAGAAAACAAAUAGAAAAAAGCUACAAAAAAACUAAAAAAUAACAUUAAAAAAUAAAAAUAAAAAUAAAAAAAUAAAUAAGAAACAAAAAAUGAAAUGAAAUAAAUGUUCUUUUUCAUAUAAAUUUCAUGUUUCAUUGCUGCACUGAUAACCAUUGUAAAGCCUUAGACUCUGCAGUGUUAUAGAAAGGGAUUAAAAAAAGUAGAUAUAGAUUUACUGAUCAACUAUAUGUUUUUUGAUAAUCAUUACUGUUUGGUCAGUACAAUAGUUGGCCUUUAUUCAUUUUUUCACAAAGACAUGAAAGACCCCAAACUAUAUAUGUGUUGAGUAUUCUUGGCCAGAAAUUAAAGAGGUUUAUUCUUGGAUUUUUUUUUAAUUUGUAUUUUAUCUUGUUUGAAAUAAAUAUAUAAGCCAGUUAGUUGGCUGCAAUUGUAACUUAAAAUGCAGUAAUUUCAAGCAUAUAUAUUGCUUUGAUUUAAUCAUUUUUUCAUUGCAAACAUAUAAAAACCAACUGUACAUAGUGUUAAAUGCUUUGUUAGGUUUGAUUUUAAAAGAACAUCACAUUUUAUACUGUAUACAGAAACUUUAAAUAUAUAUCAAAUCGAGUUGACUUGUGAUAUUAUCCAGAAGUUACAAUUUUCUCUGACCAUUUUUAUUAGAAAAGCGAUCUACUUUGUUCUUGAUAUUGACGAUUUUAUCAUUAGGGACGACAUCAAAAGUUUAAUGUAGGAUAAAAAACUUAAUUCAUAUAGUUUUUUCACUGACCCCCUUACCCCGUCUCAACUUAAUUUGGGAAAAAUUGAUUGACCAAUAAGGAUAUAUAUAUAAAUCGUUUAUAUAUAUAAUUAACAUACUUUGUUAGUGUUUUUUAUCACACUUUGUUCAUGAUUUUAACAUACUUUGUUCAGGAUUUUAUCACACUUUGUUAAGGAUUUCAACACACUCUGUUAAGGAUUAUUAACUUUUAUUGUUGUUGUUUUUUUAUAAUUAUUGGGGUUAAAUAUUGGUUCUUAUCAUACUCCCUCUUUUGAAUGAAGAAAAAAAAAUCUUGAAGAAAAUUACCUGAUAAAAUUUGUAGAAAAAGAAUGAUUGCUGUAAGUAUAAAAGUCCUGAAAAACUUUUUAUAAUAUUCCUAUCAUUAUUCUACAUUGACAUGGCUCAUUGGAGAGAUAAAAACUUGCAUGUCUGAGAUUUCUGUGUUUUUUGUGCUAUAUUCUUCUUUUCUGCCAAACACAAUACAUAAUAAUUCAAGAAUCUCAAAUAAUUUCUCAUUUCCAUUGUAUAUAUAACAUGUAAAACUAUCACCUCAUAACCUCUCAUCUCAGGUUCACUUAAUUUGCCUAUUCAGAAUUAAAUGUGUUCUGGGUAUUAUUUUCUAAAAUGUUCCCCAAAACAUUGUGAUUGGUUUAAAAUGUGCUAAACAAUGGACGUAACCUUUUUUUCAUUUUGGUGUACAAACAAUGAAAUUAUCCAUAGUCCUUCAGAUUCUGAAAAGGCAAAUUACCAGUCAUUGACAAAUUUGAAUAUAUUGAUGGCCAAUUUUUUUUUAUUCUAUUUACUAAAUAAUCACCAAAGAUAAAAAAAAGUUAAUUGUGCAUUGAAAAAAAAUACUAAACAUAUAAUGUUAUAUUUUGUACAGGGGAAAAUUCACAAUAAUUUCAAACAUGUAGUAACUUACUAAGUGAAAUGCUGAAUGUAUUAAAAUGAAAUGUUUUAAAAACACAUUAAAACCGUAUUGAGAUUCUGACGUCAUUGUCGUUAGUGCUUUUCCAUCCUUUCAUGUAAAUGCGGAUUUGAAGUUUGUUUAGUUUGUGAAGCUAGUCAGUUGCUUGAACAAAGAAAUAUAUUGAGAUAGUGACGCCAUUUCAGUUGAUGGCAAUUUUUUUCACAUUGAAAUGACUUUUUUUCGUGUACAUUACAUGCAGGUUUGUCCAAUCCAGAAAAUCUUGGCUGUUGCAUCUUGAUUUAUACUGGUAAAACAUGGAAGUCAAGGUUGACAUUAUUAAAAAAAAAAAAGUGUUUUUGAAUAUUCAUUAUUGACAGCAGAAAACAUUAAGUUUUUGUAGAUCAAGGUAAUAUCUUUGACUAGCUUUCUUGCUAGCUGAAUCGUGAAGCCAUUAUUAGGUAAGGUAGACUUCUCUCCUUUUGGUGUAGUCUAGUCCCACAGACAGAUAGACCAGUUCUGUUGUACUAGUCUACUCCUUAAGGAGGGUAGUAUACUUAAGCAAAUAAUGACUUGACAGUUCAGCUAGCAAGCAAACUUGUCAAAGAUAUUACCUUGACUUGUACACUCACUGAAUUUUGCUGUAAAGAUAAUUCUUUUUAUUACAACCUUCUAAUAUUCAUUAUUUAAAGAUAAUUCUUUUAAUGAAUAUUCAUUAUGUAAAGAUAAUUCUGACAUGAAUAUUCAUUAUUUAAAGAUAAUUCUUU